AUAUUUCUUACAUAACAGAGCGAGUUAAUAAUAUCCUCCGCGAUGCAAUAGAUUCUCCUCGUCUUACGAGUUACGACAUCGUUAAAGCCAAGCCCGUGUUACCUAUAAAUGGAGGAACAGUUCAUACUUAGGGUUCCACCCUCUGUUUCUGAGCGAAUCGAUCGUCUUUUGAGCGACGAGGCUUCUACUUCCGACGAAAUCCCUUUAGAUUUGUGCUUUUCAGAGGAUGGGAGAAGUGGGACGUUUAUGAUUGGAAACGAAGAGUUCCCAGCUUCUCUACUGGAUCUUCCUGCUGUUGUUGAGUCUUUUAAAACUUAUGAUGAUUCUGCAUUAGUCAAAACUGCUGAUAUUGGGCAGAUGAUCAUGGUUAGGGAUUCAGGUGAUCCCUCGCCUAAUACAGUAGAAUACAGACAUGGUCUAACUCCUCCAAUGAAGGAUGCUCGAAAGAGAAGAUUCCGUCGAGAGCCUGACCUUAAUCCGGAGCUUGUUCAGCGUGUUGAGAGAGACUUACUGAACAUCUUGAGUGGCGGAACAAUCGGAAACGUAAAUGAGCAGCAAGAGGAAACAGUUGCGAACGAGAAUACUAGUGAUAAUAAUGCAAACAAGAAAGUGUCUUCUUCUUCACCUGCUGAUACACCUGGUGAAAAGCCUGAAGAAGCUCUUGAGACAGCGACUAAUAAUAAUAAUAAUAAUGUAACCGAAGCUGAGCCGGAGAGAAGUGAAUCAGAAGAUUCUGAUGAUUCAAUGUGAGAGGUUAUUUAUGUAAUGGCGAAAGCUAUAGGAUAUGCCUAAAAGGGGUUUUAAAGAAAUGAAUCCAUCGAUGAUAGUAGCCAUGUUCGUUUGGUUGCCGCCGGUUUCAGCGUCAGCGUCGGCGUCGGCGUCAGCGUCAGCGGCUGCGUCAAACUCGUUUAUCUGAUGUUCGUUUGGUUGCCGCCGACGCCGACGCCGACGCUGACGUUGACGCCGAUUGUUGUUCGUUUCGAAGACGCAGGAAAUUGACGCAGCCGCAAGACGCCGACGCAUGACGCUGUUUUGGGUUGUUCGUUUGGUUGACGCUGCGACUAUUUUCAUUUAUUCAUAUUUUAUUUUUAAAAAUUUGUAAAAUUGUAUUUUAAAUAAAUAAAAUGUAGUUUAAAUAUAUUUACAUCCAUAAGAAUAUUAUGUUUAA